GUGGGGACCCGGGAUGGCGGCGGCGGCGGCGGCGGGGGGCGAGGCGGCGGCGCGCGACGUGCAGCGGCUGCUGGUGCAGUUCCAGGAUGAGGGCGGCCGGCUGCUGGGCUCCCCGUUCGACGUGCCGGUGGACAUCACCCCCGAGCGGCUGCAGCUCGUGUGCCACGCGCUGCUGGCCCAGGAGGAUCCCUUGCCACUGGCUUUCUAUGUCCACGAUGCUGAGAUCACUUCAUCACUGGGGAAGACGCUGGAGUCACAGGCAGUGGAGACAGAGAAGGUCCUUGACAUCAUCUACCAGCCCCAGGCCAUCUUCAGGGUCCGUGCUGUGACCCGCUGCACCAGCUCUUUGGAAGGUCACAGUGAGGCAGUCAUUUCUGUGGCCUUCAGCCCCACAGGAAAGUACCUGGCCAGUGGCUCCGGAGACACCACUGUGCGCUUCUGGGAUCUCAGCACCGAGACACCGCAUUUCACAUGCCAGGGACACAGACACUGGGUGCUUAGCAUAUCCUGGUCCCCAGACGGCAAAACACUGGCCUCAGGCUGCAAGAAUGGCCAGAUUCUCCUGUGGGACCCAAGCACAGGGAAGCAGGUGGGCAGGGUCCUCGCCGGCCAUAGCAAGUGGAUCACAGGCCUGAGUUGGGAGCCCCUCCAUGCGAACCCAGAAUGCCGCUACAUGGCCAGCAGCUCCAAGGAUGGCAGCGUGCGGGUCUGGGAUACAACUGCAGGCCGCUGUGAGCGCAUCCUCACCGGGCACACGCAGUCAGUCACCUGUCUCCGGUGGGGAGGGGACGGGCUUCUCUACUCUGCCUCGCAGGACCGUACCAUCAAAGUCUGGAGGGCUCAUGAUGGUGUGCUGUGCCGGACUCUGCAAGGCCAUGGCCACUGGGUGAAUACCAUGGCACUCAGCACUGACUACGCCCUGCGCACAGGUGCCUUUGAGCCAGCUGAGGCCUCGAUCAAUGCCCAAGACCUCCAAGGAUCCUUGCAGGAGUUGAAGGACAGGGCUCUGAGGCGAUACAACCUCGUGCGGGGCCAGGGCCCAGAGAGGCUGGUGUCUGGCUCAGAUGACUUCACCUUAUUCAUGUGGUCCCCAGCAGAAGACAAAAAGCCCCUUGCACGGAUGACGGGACACCAGGCCCUCAUCAACCAGGUGCUCUUCUCCCCUGACUCCCGCAUUAUUGCCAGCGCUUCCUUCGACAAAUCCAUCAAACUGUGGGACGGCAGGACGGGCAAGUACCUGGCUUCCCUACGUGGCCACGUGGCUGCUGUGUAUCAGAUCGCCUGGUCAGCCGAUAGCCGGCUCCUGGUCAGUGGCAGCAGCGACAGCACGCUGAAGGUGUGGGAUGUGAAGGCACAGAAGCUGGCAGCAGAUCUGCCAGGCCAUGCAGAUGAGGUAUAUGCUGUUGACUGGAGUCCAGAUGGCCAGAGAGUGGCAAGUGGCGGGAAGGACAAAUGCCUCCGGAUAUGGAGGAGAUGAGAAAUCCUAUGUUCUGUGUGACCCCUCCUUGGACUUGCCGCUGCCAGCUGCCUGCCCUGACACAGACGAAAGGCCAGGGUGGUAACCCUGCAGACCAGCAUGGUUUGCUGUCCUUGGACAGAUCCCAGUGGGGUCCCUCCCCAGAGCAGGAGAGUGGAGCUUACAGGACAAUAUAACUGAGCUCAGCCCUCUGCCAUCACUCUGUACCUGGUGGGGGCGGGGGUGGGGUGGGGAUGGUGGCAGGCAGUGACUGGACCCCUGCUGCCGGCCCGUCGCCUUUCCUAAAUGUUCUUUCUAUUCAGUGUGAGGCCCUAGAUUCUGUGACCAAAUAAAUAACUUAUAUUUUGUGUG